UGUUGUAUCCAAAGCAAACAUGGCGUCCUACAAAUCAACGCUCCGAUUUUGCCCUGAAUGCAACAACUCCAACUGGAUGAUGGGCAAAAACGAGAAGAUGGAGCUGGUCUUCACGUGCAAAGUGUGCUCUAAAGUUGAGGUUGUGUCAAUGGAUGCCGAAACAGAUGAGUCUGGCAAUCCGAAGAAAAUCGAAGAUCUUUGCGUCUUCAGACACGAUGUUCUCUUUGUGGCGAAGGAGUCGAUUAUCGUCAUGCCCGACGUGAUUCACGACCCCACUCUUCCCAGGGUUUACGACUACGAGUGCCAUGCCUGUGGGCAUAACCAAGCAGUCUACUACCGUCUUUCAGAGACCAUCGUCAGUGAUGCCAUGGCCAUCAUCUACGUUUGCUGUAAGUGCUCGAAUUGGCGAACUGAGGGCAAAGAAGUUCAAUACUCCAUCCCUCAGACAGGCAAAGGCGACACACCCAUGCAGGGAACGAUCAAAGAACUUGACGACAAGAAAGCCAUGGAGGAGGAUGAUCUCUCUGGCUGAGGCUUAAAA